AAAAAGGAAAAGUAUCGCGAAAUUAAACAAAUGCAUCAGAUAUAUAGCAAUGCCUACUGCACGAUAGCAUUGAUACCAGAUUUUUACGUGGAUCCACAAAACACAUCACAGUUGGGUCAACCUGUCCAAGCGCCUAAUACAUUAUAUACCUGGAUUGCGCAAUUUGAAUGGUUCAGCCGCGUGUGGACACUUGAAAAAGCAAUAAUGUCUUCACGGAUAAUUUUUGUAGGUCGCAAUAUACAUACGUGGUGGUAUGCCGCACGCAAUUUUCCGCCUCUGGCACCCCUCUGCCUACCAUCGCAACAAUGACACAAUGCCUGCACUGUUCUGCAGCACGCGCAGAUGCGCACAACAAAAGAGUCCAUUAAUCGAGUCGAUGGUGCACUUUUACGGCGAGUAAGCAGAAG